AGAUUAGAAUGAGAUACCUCGGGUACAAGUCCACAGUUCAUCGACGAUCGCCUGACAAUUCGAAGCUGUUCUUUUUUUCCACAAAGUAUAGGAGUAAAGAAAAGAAAUUGUUAAAUGAAUAUAAAAUAAACAAAAACGCGCGAAGUGAAGAAAAAUGAUUCAGAUAUAGAAACAAAAUGUUUCUCAAAUGGAAUUUCAAGAGUGAUAAAAUCAAAAUGAAUGGGCAGUUUGAGCAAACAACCGAAUUCGAUAAACAUUUUUGGGAUUUUUAACAAGUCUAUAGAUGUUUAUGAAGAAAAAUGCCAUUGAUGUGAACCCCUGGAACAUGUCAUGCGGUGCAAAACAAUUUUCAGAGAUACGCCUUUCUUCUGAAAACUGAUGAAGAGAUCGGAGCUAUCGCGCGAUGGCUUCUCAAUUUAAAAAAUUCAAUCAGUGAUAUUCUUUCCACCACCAGGAUAGUUUUACGAAUCAUGCGAGUGAACUUUGCGAAGCGCCACAUAUCAAUCUGAGUUUCAUUAUAUCACUUUACGAAAGAGUGAAAUGUAUAAAACGUGAUCUGCAAACUACUGAUGUUUUAUAUCUACCAGUAAUAUUAUGUUAAUACUAUUGUGUUUCCGAAUUUAGAAGAUUGUGUUAGAGUAAUUGAAAAUAUCGUAAAGUGAGAUUAAAAAUAUUAAAUUUGACAAUAUUAAAAAUUCACACAAUGUCUCGCAAUUACAGAUACAAGUCAGAGAUUGAAUAUUGAAAAAAAAAAUACGUGUGUUCAAUCAGAGAGUGCACAAUUAAUAAUAACGCUCAUAAAAAAUUGUGAUACCUAUAAUUCUAUGAAUACAGUGUGUGCGAUUACAUUUAUUUUUGAAAAAGCAAUUCUGCAUUGAAUACAUGAUCACUAAUAGUAUGAUGUCACUCUGUGAUUUGUCCGCGUGACGACGCGCACGUGUCAUCGAUCUGCGUAUACACAUAGCACUGAGUUUAUUGUUUGUACAAAAGACAUCUCGAGUGCCGUUAUAAGGAACGAGCAGAUUUUCGCUCGACUCUGCGUAGAUUCAUCGAUUCUCGAUUACGCUGAUCAUGGUCGCCGCAGAUGACAAGAUUAUACGCGCAUCGACGCGCGAGACUAUCGAGUUGCACUUCCUGUCCUUUGCCUACGGUAUAUACCUGAUAGUGAAACGAUUUCUCAAAUGGAUAUGGGACCCCAAGAAGUUCUUCAUGCUACGACAGCGGGAUCAACCGCCGCCGUGUCUGGUAGACAACAGCCUUGGUACGCAUUCCUACGUGAAAAUCAAGGGUGUUAAAUUCCAUUACGUAGAAGCGGGAGACAAGAGUAAACCACUCGUAUUAUUAUUACAUGGAUUCCCGGAUUGUUGGUUAUCUUGGAGAGAACAAAUUCCAUGUCUCGCAAAACAUUUUAGGGUAGUAGCUCUAGAUUUAAAAGGAUUUGGCGAUAGCGACAAACCAUUCAACAAACGAGCUUAUAAAGUCGAAAUUUUAAUAAACGAGUUGAAGCAAUUUGUGUUGACUUUCGGUGUGAAAACAUGUAAUAUAAUCGGCCAUGAUUUAGGAGGACUUCUGGGAUGGUACAUGGUCGCUUUACACGGAGAACUCGUUUAUAAAUUUGUUGCUAUUUCGAGCCCACAUCCUAAUUUCUAUUGGAACAGAGCAUCGGGAAAUUCCGCAUUAGAUGGAAAAUGGGUACAUUUUAGUAGACUACCAUUUCUACCAGAGAUAGAUGCGCUCAAAGAAGACUUAUCUAUUAUUAACGAGACAUUUCAUCAUCUUCAAAAAUCUCACAAUAGCACAGAAAAAAGCUAUGUCGAGGCGUAUAAAUAUGCUUUCAGUAGGAAAGAGGACUGGACAGGACCGAUUAAUUAUUAUCGCAAUCUUCCGUUCACAAGAUUGAAUAUAAAUAAUGGCGCACAAAUUGAUAGCAAAACAUUGCUGAUUGUCGGAAAUAUGGAUCCUUUUGUGACGAUAGAAAGUAUCAUCCAAAGUGCCGAACAUGUAGAAGUGUCUAGAGUGAAGAUCAUUUCAGGGGCGCAGCAUUUCCCGCAUCAAGAAAAACCGAUCGCCUUAAAUGAGGCGAUUAUUAAGUUUCUUAUAGGCACAACAAGUAAUUUGCCACCUUCAAAGAUGGCUUCAAAGAGCCUUGUAUCCUCCUGGUUAGGAUCCUUAAGUAAUACUGUUAAGUAUGGCAAUCAUAUGAUUGACACUGUGCAUAAACGGACCAACGACGUAGUAAAUGUCUUACCCAGCAAAGCGCUUUAUUUGGGUCAAACAAGUUAAAUGGCGGAGAGAAUGUAAGCUAUAAUAUUUAGUAUCAUCUAUUUAAAUUUUACAUCUUAUUUUAAAGUAUCCUACCUAUUAUAGAGAUCCUAUACUUAUGCGUGUGAAUAUAUAUGAAAUUCUUAAAAGGCUGAUUUAUGGUCCUAUUUAUUAUUAUUUUCUUUUUAUAUAUAAAUAUAUCAUUAUAAUAGGAAUUUUUGUGAAUGAUAAAGUCUCAUGGUAUGAAAAUAUUCACUUUUAAUAUGAGUAGAUAUGAUUUCGACUUGUUUUUAAUUUCUAUAGGUAUAUUUUAUAAGAUAUGUAUGAAUAAAAUAGCAUAACAGAAUGAAUUUUUUAUGCAUUGCAUACAAUUAUUACUUAGAAAUAGAA